AUGCCGUUCCCGGGCAUGCCCCCCAUGCUGCCCGGCAUGCCGCCCAUGAACAUGUUCGGCAAGGGCGGGCCGCCGGUGAGCAUGUUCGGCAAGGGCGGGAUGCCGAUGGGGAUGAUGCCGCAGCCCGUGAUGGGCAUGAUGCCCCAGGCCAUGAUGGGCAUGGGCAUGAUGCGGCCGAGGAUGGUGCCGGGCAGCAUGGUCCGCCCCAUGGGCGCGGGCCUGGUGGCGGGGGGCGCGCUGCCUGGGGCGGCCCCGCGGCCGCCGAGGCCGCACCUUCCGCCGCUCUCCCCCUCCGCGCUGGCCGCGGCGCCGCCGACGGUGCAGAAGCAGAUGCUCGGCGAGAGGCUCUACAUGCUGAUCUCGUGCGUCCAGCCCGAGCUGGCCGGGAAGAUCACAGGCAUGAUGCUGGAGAUGGACACCAGCGAGCUGCUGCUCCUCCUCGAUUCGGAGCAGCAGCUCAAGACAAAGGUCGACGAGGCCCUGCUCGUCCUCAACAGGAGCAAGUGA